ACGUGUCAGGUUCCUAUCGGUAACAUACAUAUUCUAUUAAGUAUCAUAAGAAUGUAUAUGCACAAUUCGGAGAGUAAAACUUGAGACAAUUGGUCUGAAAAUAGUUACGAUAAAUUUUUAUUAGAGAUGGAGCAGGAAAUGUAAGAAUUCGAAUCUCUUGAACACCAUAUCAUUAUAAUGAUUGUCCAAUGGCGUAAAGCAUAAUUUGCAACUAUUUAAAUGUAUCCAAGCACAUUUUUUGAAAAUGAAAAAAAAAAACAAAAACAAAAACAAAGGAAUGUUGCUAGUGCAACGUCGACUAGAAAUGAAGUAACAUUUAGAAGAAACAGAAGAUCACAAAAAUGACUUUGAUGGGUGUUGUUAAUCACGACUUUAAAUAUUUUGAUUUGGUGACAACCACAAGACCAAGGCCUGCUGCUGAUUAUGAAGAAAUUGUAUGACGUUAAUAACAAGUGCAGUGUUGCUAAUAUAAAUUCCAUGAUUUUUCAACUUCAUAUCAUCAAUUUUCUAAAUCAAAAUGGCAAAACCAAGGCUGGUUUCUCUUCUCUGCCCAUUAUUGCUCGCUGCAUUUUUUGUGCAAUGCCAUGGCAAUGACAGAAAGGUUCACAUCGUAUACAUGGGAAACCGGCCUCAUGGAGAUUUUUCUGCUGAAAUCACCCACCAUUCCAUACUAAAAUCUGUACUCGGAAGUACUUCAUCAGCCAAAGAGUCAUUAGUCUACAGUUACGGAAGGAGUUUCAACGGGUUUGCAGCUAAGUUAUCACAUGAAGAAGCCGAGAGACUCUCAGAAAUGGAUGGUAUCAUCUCAGUGAUGCCAAAUCACAUGCUAAACAUCCACACGACGAGAUCAUGGGACUUCAUGGGUUUCUCCAAAUCAAAACUUUCUGGCUCUCAGCAAGGAGAUGUUAUUAUCGGUCUUCUUGACACAGGAGUCUGGCCAGAAUCUGAGAGCUUCAAUGACGAAGGAAUGGGCCCAGCACCAUCGAAAUGGAAAGGAACCUGCCAGGGUGAAGGCAACUUCACUUGCAACAACAAAAUCAUUGGAGCCAGGUACUACAACAGUGAGGACUGGUAUUUUGACACUGACUUCAAAUCCCCAAGGGACUCUGAAGGACAUGGAUCCCACACUGCUUCAACAGCAGCAGGUCGAGAGGUUCAAGGAGCAAGUUACCUUGGACUAGCUGAAGGACUUGCAAGAGGUGCAGUUCCAUAUGCAAGGAUUGCUGUCUACAAAGUCUGCUGGUCAUUCGGAUGUGCUGCCGCUGAUAUUCUUGCAGCGUUUGAUGAUGCCAUAGCUGAUGGGGUCGACAUUAUUUCUGUUUCCCUUGGUGCUCCAUGGGCAUUCCCAUACAUGGAGGACCCAAUUGCCAUUGGUUCUUUCCAUGCCAUGAGAUAUGGUAUCCUAACAGCCAAUUCUGCAGGAAAUUCUGGACCUUCUCCGUAUACAGCCUCCAAUGUCGCACCCUGGACAUUGACUGUUGCUGCCAGCACCAUUGAUAGGAAAUUCGUUGCUAAUGCUGUUCUUGGCAGCGGCAAAGUCAUCACCGGAUUAUCCGUUAAUAGCUUUAUUCUCAAUGGUACGUAUCCAUUGAUUUGGGGAGGAGAUGCAGCAAACUACUCUGCAGGAGCUGACCCUGACAUUGCAAAGUAUUGCGUUACUGGUGCCAUGAAUUCAUACAUUGUUGCAGGAAAGAUUGUUUUCUGUGAAAGUAUUUGGGAUGGUUCAGGUGUUUUAUUAGCUAAUGGUGUGGGUACUAUCAUGGCUGACCCAGAGUACAGCAAAGAUUUUGCUUUUAGCUACCCACUACCAGCAACAGUAAUUACUCCAGUAGAAGGCCAACAAAUUUUGGAGUAUAUCAGAUCCACAGAGAAUCCUAUCGCUACUAUUGAAGUUAGUGAGACUUGGACAGAUAUCAUGGCACCUUCUGUUGUAUCAUUCUCUUCUAGAGGACCCAAUGCUAUCAACCCUGACAUUCUCAAGCCUGAUCUCACUGCCCCUGGUGUGGACAUUCUUGCUGCCUGGUCUCCUGUGUCACCACCUUCCAUCUACUAUGAAGAUACCAGGAGUGUUAACUUCAACAUAAUCUCAGGAACAUCCAUGUCUUGCCCCCACGCUAGUGGUGCCGCUGCUUAUGUCAAGGCUGCUCACCCUGACUGGUCUCCAGCUGCCGUUAAAUCUGCUCUCAUGACAACAGCUUAUGUGAUGGACUCAAGGAAGCAUCCAGACCAAGAAUUCGCUUACGGGUCUGGCCACAUCAACCCUGAGGCGGCAACAAAACCUGGCCUUGUUUAUGAUGCAUCUGAAGCAGAUUACAUUAACUUCCUUUGCAAGCAGGGUUACAACACCACCACUCUCAGACUAAUCACUGGUGAUAACAGCACUAUUUGCAACAGCACAGAACCUGGAAGAGCCUGGGAUCUUAACUAUCCAACUUACUCUCUUGCCAUUGAAGAUGGGCAGCCAAUUCAAGGCGUAUUUACAAGAACAGUUACAAAUGUUGGCAAACCGAACUCAACCUACUCAAUCAGCAUGUACUUGCCUAGCACGAUUAGUGUCACAGUUGAGCCAUCUGUCUUAUCCUUCUCCGACAUCGGAGAGAAGAAAACAUUCACUGUUAAGGUUUCAGGUCCAAAGAUUUCACAACAGAGGAUCAUGUCAGGAGCAAUCAUGUGGAAUGAUGGGACUUAUGUGGUUAGAAGUCCAUUAGUUGUCUACAACAUACUUCCUGGUGCUACUUAUUCUCCUCCUGACACCAACACCAUGCAGCAGAAAUCACUCAAAUUUGAAGGUUCUUCAGUGUAUCACAAGAAUGGCAUCCUUGGUCGAAACUAAUUAAAUUCCAUUAAUAAGGACUUGUUAUUUCAAAUAUUGGCAA